ACAAGUUGUGAGUGAGCGGACGUUUUUCUCCAUCCAGCGCGUACACCUGUGGCCCGCCAUUGGCAAAGUAUAUCAAGAUGAGCAGGAGCUUUUGCUUUUAGAUGCUCAGAAGAGAAAAGUGAAGCUUGCUGGGAAUGGGCGAGCAGACUCGCCCGGUUAUAGCGCGAAGUUUGGCACGUAUUCAUUGCUAGAUGUGGAGAGCAACAAGAUACUGCACUUUGAGGUCGUGCAGUCCAAUGAGGUUGGCGGCAGCUGUCGCAUGGAGCUGGCUGGGCUACAGCGUGCCCUUGAUUUCUUGGACGACAAGAAUGUUGAAGUGUCCGUUCUGGUCACGGACCGCCAUGCUCAAGUAAAGUGUUUCAUGCAGAAACACAAGGAAGAAACCGAACACAAGUAUGAUGUGUGGCAUAUGGCAAAAGGGGUCAACAAGAAGCUGCAGACUGCAGCAAAACAAAGCGACUGCAAGGAGCUGCUACCAUGGAUAAAAUCUAUUACGAACCAUAUGUACUGGGCAGCAGCUUCUAGCCAUAGAAACAAGGAACUAAUCGUUCCAAAGUGGAAAUCGCUUCUGAAUCAUGUUCAAGGCAUUCAUGAGCACGAUGAUGAGUUGUUUCCCUCGUGUCUGCAUGGCGAGAUUGAGCCGAGAGAAUGGCUAAAAAACGACUCGAGGGCACUGCAGAAACUCGAAGAGGUGGCCACUGCGAGAACCCUGCUGAAAGACAUGCCACGGCUUUCCACCAGAUACCAGACGUAUGGACUUGAGGCGUUUCACAGCCUGCUGCUUCAUUUUGCACCCAAGCUGUACCACUACCCAUAUGCUGGAAUGAAGGCAAGGACACAACUUUCUGUGCUGCACUAUAAUGAGAAUAGUGAGCGUGAUCAAGCCUGCACAAAGGAUGGCACUCCACGAUGGCACAUAAAGUACCCGAAAGCAGCUGGGGGUGAGCCUGUGGCCUGUCCCAUAAUGGAGGCAGCCAAACAUGGCUACGUCCAAAACCUCCUGCAGGCAGUAACCACAGCAGCCAUCAAUGCACCUCCUGGAUAAAAGGACAAGGCCACUCCUGAGACUCGAUCACCACUCAGCAGCUCAUUUAGUAUUGUAAAUAAGGACACAGAGGUAGCUAAGCGAAUGAGUCGCUUCAAUUGGCAGCGAUGUAACCACGGCGAAUAAGUAUUUAAUUGUUGUCUUGAGGCUUUAAUCACAAUGCAUGCUUUUAUUAUCUACCAUUAUUUCUCACAGGUGUUUGUCAGACCUCCUGGGUCAUAAGAUCGUAUAAAGUAGGAAAAUUCUCAUUUAAAGGAGUACUGACACGAAUUUUAAAUAUUUUUGGGUUGUUGCUCUAAAUGAAAACACAGGUGUGGAGAACCCUAAAAAGAGUGUCGUUGUGCCUGGGAAUCUUAUAUUUGCUUGGUGGAUCACAUGCUGCAGUAAGGGUGGAUUUACUCGUGUUGUUCAAAUCCUGUGAUUAGUGCACAUUACGGGAUGUUAUUCAUGGGGCUAAAAACGUGCAUGCAGCUUCUUGACACAGUUGUUUCACUCUUGCCGCAAUUUUAUAUUUGCUUGGUGCAUCACAUGCUGCAGUAAGGCUGGAUUUACUCGUGUUGUUGAAAUCUUGUGAUUAGUGCACAUUACGGGAUGUUAUUCAUGGGGCUAAAAACGUGCAUGCAGCUUCUUGACACAGUUGUUUCACUCUCGCCGCAA